AUGGAAGGUCGAGCGGUAGUCGCAGAGGAAGCGUUCUUUCAUGGAACAGAUUGGGAUGGUGUUUUCAAGAAUGAUUUCGACAACUUUAAUCUGAUUGAUCUUCAGAGCUUCAUAAGUACGGUUGCACAUCAAGAAUCAUGGAUGCUCAUUCAGCCGUUUCUAGAGUACGGCGAGGCUGCCAUUCAAACCAAGCAAUAUGAGUCAGCGUACUGGAUAUUUAGUCAGGUGAGUAGUAUGUUGGGGAGCAAACGUGAUGAACAUCUUCCUAACCCGUCUCAGGCACUUAUUCGAUUUGAGAACGAGCCCCGGUCGUUUUCUACGAACGUUCUAAUAUAUAAGCGCCUGGUUGAGUCGGCCGCUUCGCUGAAAGCUCACAAACAGGCAGUCAUGGCCGCCUUGGAGUUGAUAAGUCUUUAUCCGAUGCGUAUUGAAGUAUGUGGUUAUCGGCUAGCAAUGCAGCUUAGUAGCAGAUUGAACGACUACUGGCUCGCUUCCAUGGUUUCCCAGCUGGCUGAGCAAGAAGGACUGCCGAAUAAUAGUAUGAUUGAAUUGAUGGACAUGAAAGAGGCAUGUGCUGCUGCGGAGACACCACUGAGCUAUGGAGGAUACAACCUGCAAAAAGAAAACGCGAAAGGAACUCGCUAUAAUAUGAUGUUUGACCUGGGAGCUAAACUGAUCGAAAUGGCGUUGUCCUAUCCUCCAGAUGACAUAGUUGCCGAAAAAACCUCGAUCUCAUCUGCGUUGUCUUGGAACAAGCUCCCCUGGGAAUUACAGUUGAUGAUUUUAGACUAUAUACCGUUUUUUGAGCGUCGCAGAAUGAAAACAGUCAGCAAACAUUGGAAUCAAUUGGCCAGCAAAUCCUUAGAAAUGGCCACAAGUUUAGAUUUCGGGUACUCUGAAAGGCCUAUCACUCUUGGGACUAUGCAUGAGAUUACCAGUAUCUGUCAGCAUAAUGUCGAGGAGAUUAUCUUGCGAAACAUUCAUCGGUCGGAUACUUCAUCGUGCAUUUUAAAUCUACUAAGAGGACGUGAGAAACCCGAGUUUGAACGGUCAAAUCAGCCCCGCCAUAAGCCGCUAGAUCUUCCGAAUUUGCACGCUCUUCAUAUCAAGCAGGUUACUCUGUCAAUGGGAAUGGUUCUCUCCAAGGCUGAGCGUGAUCAGUCACCGUUCACAUAUGCACUAUGUGACCAACUUCAGGAGCUAUCAGUACCGAUUGAGCGCUCCUCAGAUAUUUGGACCCUUAUGCAGUCUGGGUUGCUGAAGAAACUGAAAAGGCUUGAUCUCGAGGCACAAUACAGUCUUGCCCGAUACAGGAUGCCCUGCCUGGGUAUCAAUGAAGGUAUUCUAAGCAGCUCACCACUUUCCGAACAGCUUGAGAUUUUGAGUAUAGGCGGUCGACCAUACCACGACGAGUAUUCAAGUUUUCCCUUUUCCCAACCAAACGAGAUGCCGAGCCUUGACAUCUCCUCUAUAACUUCCGCAUUACAGUUUUUCCCGAACCUGAAGCAUCUCGCCUGUACAUACGUGAGAUUGUUGAGUGAUUCAGAAUGUGAAUUUGACAUAGCAAAAUACGCGCCGCAGCUCGAAGUGGUUGAUCUGAGCUGGUCGGAGCUACAGCAUACGCAGUCUAUAUUGCGGCUUCCCAAAUGUCGAAGUUUAAGAUUUCGACAUUUUGUUGGAGAGAGUUUGCGCCCUUGUGUGAGUAGCUCGGGUGGUCGUUACUACUCGCGGCUAACAUCUGCGGCCAUCGAAAGAGAAGGGGACGCAUUUGAGCUAGAAAGAGUUCAGAAAUUGGAUUUAUCAUGGUACAGCCACUCUAAAGAACAGUUGAUCGAUGUUUUGGCCAGAUGUAACGCAGAUCAACUGACUGAGCUUGAUCUUCAGUAUUCUGUGGAUAUCGACUUUACAGCUGCAGUUUUUGGCAAGCAUCAGAUCAGGAAUUCGUCAAUUUCUGUAUCUGAUUUUAUGAGCAAUCCCACAGCUUACGGUCGAACUAGGCUGCCAGAAGGAAACUUAAGUGUAAUAGAGCUGAUUCUGAUUUUGUUUCCUCGCUUGAGAAAAUUGAAGAUAGGAUACAAUGCAACCGUCCGUCCGUUUGUCUUUGAGAAGCUGACAACUGCUACAAAUUUGGAGUACUUGGACAUCUCGGGUUCACCUAAUGCGACGGACGACGCGGUUGCAGCUUAUCUACGCGCAAACUCUACAUUGAAGAGACUUGUGGCUUGCAAGUGCAUUCAGCUAGAUAUACAGGCAAUGCGGAGGGCAGCGCAAGAAGGUACUGUGGUUCGUGACAUGGAAGGUAUUAUGUAA